CCAAUCACAUCAGACGUGAUUUUUCCAGCCAUAUGCUGCUCAUAUCAGUCAUUUUAAACUUUUUGCUUGAUUUUUUUUGUUCUUGGAGAAAAUUUCAAUACUUGCAUAUGGAUUUGUAACUGAUACAGGCAGGAACACAAGAGUGGAGGAGGAGCAGAAAGAGAUUAAGCAGAUUAAAGCUGGAUUGAUGAAGCAGCGUCUUUCCAAGAACGAGAGAAACUAAUCAUCGAAUCAUAAACAAAUGUUCAUGUUGCUGAUGACGAGCUGAAUAUUAGAAAGACAGCAGUGUAUAAGAAAGGCAUGAUGGCUGAACAGACCUGCUGAACAGAAAUGACAGAGAAACACAGAGAUGGAUUAACACUCAAUGCUAAAGCUCAAUGCUUUGCACAAGACACACUGUUGCACAGAAUCCCUUGCUUUAUACAGGCAGUGAUUAGGUGGAGCUGUUGUCAUAAUGUCACUUGCAGUGGAUGAGACAGCAGGUGAUCUCCCGGUGAGGGAUGUGGGCUUGAGAGCUGGACUGAUAACUCUUCUCGCAGACACAGAUCAUGACACCAGAAGCUGGAGAAGACAACCACAGGUGCUCAAGAUAAAAGAUCGUCAGCGAUUAUUCAGAGUACCACGCGAGCAGCUGGAGGACCAGUGUCACCGACUACAGGAGGAAAACACACUUCUCAAACAACACAGCCGCACACAAGAGCAAAAACUACGCAGGUUGUCAACUAAACUGCUGCGGUUAAAGCAUGGAUCAUCAGCUUCUGGUCGGGACGGAGAGCUGGAGGACACCAUUGAAGAGCUAGAGGCUCGUGUAGCGACCCUAGAGAGUCAGAAGGGGGCGCUACAGAGUAAACUUAAUUUAGCCAAGCAACACAUCCUAGAUCUGGGAGUCAGAACACAUAUCAGGCCACGAACAGGGCGAGGUGUAGACGGUGAUGGAGGGGUCAGACGAGCUGCCCAAACUGCUCCUGCCCGCUGUGGCAUCAGUUCCCUGGACGACACCAGAGGAGAGAUGGACCGAUUACUUGCUUUACUCAGAUCCACAGUCAUAGAAAGCCAGCAGGGCAGAGUGGCAGAGCUGGAGUUGACUGCUCAGUCACUAAGAGAAACACUCAGAGACAAAGAGAGAGAAAUCGAAGGUAUCGUUAAAGACCUGCGCAAACAACAAGUGGAUGGACACAGACUUAUUAUAAAAGAUAAUGUAGAUGUGAUCAGACUGCAGAAGCAGCUCUCUGAAAAGAGUGCGGCCCUUCUGGUUAUUCAGGAAAAGUUUGGCGGGCUUCAGGAGGCUUACGAGAAUCAGCUGGAGGAGGGCCAGAAGUCUUUAAAAGAGAGCCAGGAAGCACUGCUGGGGAAGGUGGAAGAACUGAGUGAGCAGCUGAAACAGGAGAAGCAAAGAGUGCUAACUCUCGAAGGUCAGCUCAGUGCGGCCACUUUUUCACUGCAGGCUCUGGGGGAGCUUCAGGAGAGGGUUUUAGACCUGGAGGGGGAGAGAAACCUCUUGAAGAAGAGCUAUGACUCCCUUCUGGAGAGCACUAUGUCCAUCCAGAACCAUCAAGGAGAUAAACAUGAAGAAAAAGAGGAAAGAAAGGAAGAGUUAAGAGAGGAAGGAUGGAGAGAGGAACUUCAGAGGCUUAAAGAAAGACUGGAGGAAGCAAGGAGUGAAAGGAAAACACUGGAGCAGGAGAAAGAACAGAUGAGGCAUGAGAUUGAUCAAGUUAAAAAGGAGAAGGAGCGAGAUAAAGAUAUGGUUAUGUUCCUCAGAGAAAAACACGACUGCUUGGAGCGAGAAGUGCUGCAACACAGACAGGAAGUCACAUUGUUGCAAGAGAAAUUAGACUCAGUUACAAAAGAGUUUGAUAUGAGUGUGGAGGAUCUGAGUGAGACUUUGCUGCAGAUUAAGGCCUUCAGAAUGCAGCAGGAGACUCAAGGUGUGAUGCGCUUUCUGAAAACAGAUGUAAAGUUUGAAGACACAUCAAGGGAUUUGACCGCAGUACAGGCCUCGUAUGCAGAAACAGUUUUAGAACUCCAGAAAACCAGAGACUUAUUAUUACUACAGCAUCGCCUUAACGCUGAUCUCCAGAAUGAGAUGACGACAGUUCUUGAAAAAUCUGAAAGCGAGAGAGAGGAGAACAGGAGGAGGGCAGAAGAAAAAGACAAGUUGUUAAAAAGCAGAGGCCUUCAGAUCAGCAAUUUGCAAGCUCAGCUCAAAGAGUUAGCAUAUAGCCCUAGAAACAAUAAGCGGGCCAUACCCCUGCAGUACACCUGGACAGGGCUAGAACAAGACUCAGUGCGGCCCACUGUGGAGAGUGCCAUAAUCACACAUCUGCAUGGAGGAGAAUCCCUUCUGGAGGUCCAUCUCACAGGAGCCACAUUCACACCACUUGGACUGAGACUCAUGGCACAAGACACAGGAGAGCACCAGGGGGUUGCGACUUUUUGCACCUAUGGCUUUCUAGAUUUUGAAGUCCUCUCAACUUCGUUAAUGUCAGGUGGUCAGCCAAAUUAUGGCUUCACGUCGCAAUAUGCUCUCUCUGCUUUUGACCUGGAGAAGCUCAUGGUUCAGGGUGGGUUCAUCGCUGUUGAACUGCAUCAGGCGCUCGGAGGGGUAAAAUUUCUGACACGAGGAAGAGCGAGGAUCUCGUUGAUGGAAGCACUACAGCGCAGAGGUGAACGAGUGAAAAACAGAACCAACCUCAUAGGAGUGGAUGGGGAAGUCAUAGGAAUCCUUGAGUUUUGGGUGUGUUUACAUCCUCAGGUGGAACGCACUGAACCUCAGAUGGAACGAGUAACAAGUAGAACUCCUGUAAGACACACCAGAGGCUCAGAGUGGGCUCAUGGGGAACCAGAGGAGAUGUAUGAUUUCGGUGUAGGCAUACCCAACGAGCUUGAGGUGGUUUUGGAGCGCUGUGUAGGUCUCAGUACCCGCUGGCCAGGCCUUCUCCCUGAUGCCUACCUGACGUAUCGCCUUUAUGACCUACCACCUCAUUCUACACCCAUAAUCCAAUGCUGUGUGGAUCCUGUCUUUGAAGACUCUGCAAGCUAUCCGUUAGCUGUAACCACAGAUGUACUAGAAUACCUGAAUGUGGGAAGUCUGUGGGUCUAUGUGUUUGAUGACGGCGACAGUCAGACGUCUCACACUUAUUUGGCAAAGACACCCAUUCCACUACGAUCCCUUGCAGCAGGCAGACCAAUCAGAGGUGAUUAUGUGCUUAGAGACCCUGCUGGAAGUCCAAGGGGAAUGGUGAGGGUCUCUCUCAGGUGGAAGUACCCCUUCCAGUCACCUGAAGUGCCCUCAAGACAAAGAGAAGGAGCAGAGAAGGAAAGGAUGAUGCCGAGUGCUGAAGUGUCACAGAGACCUAUUGCAAAGCCCAGGUCACAGCUUCGGCCUCCGUCUGGUCGUGAAGCCACUGACACUCACCAAUCCACACCCCUUCGAAAAUCUGAACGACAUUUGAUCACAUCCCAUCAGUCCCCAUCCAUUCAGGUGUCUGAAGCCAGUUCAGAUCGGCAGAAACCUCCAGCUCAGCCAUCGAGGUCAGUUAGAAGGAAGCACCGUCCUGCAACACUGUCCAACCAGAAACCCACAACUCCACCUUACCGGAGUUCUGCCAUGUCUACUCAAUCACCUGAUGCUAAUGCUGUUACUGACUUCAGAGCAUCGGUGUCAGAGCCGAGCACUCCACGGAGUCAAAGAAGCUGCAGAAGCGACUCUGAACAGGAAGUUGAAGAACAGGAUGAUGAAACAGAAGACAAAACUCAAAGUGACGUAGACGUCCUUCACUCUGAAGAAUCGAGAGAAUCAAAUGGAAGUGAUGUCGUCAUAAUUCCUCACCCUCCAAAGCCACAAAAAAAGGGAGACCGACUCAGAGUGGAAAUCCUUUCACUGUCUUUUAACCCUUCAUCCAGUAUUGCACUUGACCAGUCAGUGCAUCAGGUCUACGUAGAGUACCGCCUUCUAGGUGUUCCCAUGGAGACAACAGAAACCCCCAUGUCACUUCGUAAACCAACAGACGGGGAGGAAAUACACUAUAACUUUACACGAGUUAUCCAUGUGGAUUCAGUGGGAGCAGCUCCACUGAGACACUACCUCUACACCAUGCUGGAAGGCACUGACCCCAACCAGGGCAGGCUAAAGUUCACAGUGGUCAGUGAGCCCAUGAAGGAGCAAGAAGAAUGUGAAGAUGUCGGCUAUGCCUACUUGGAUUUACGAGAACUUCUGCUGACUGGAAAUGAUGUUAUUGAAAAACAAAUCAAUGUUGUCAGUCCGAAUGAAGAGCAGGAAGUGGUGGGAAAGCUGAAAGUCUCUGUAGAAGCUGCUCAGGCUCUGACUGGAAUCUAUCAGGAAUAUCAUCAGACUGUAAAGAGGAACAGAAGAGAUCCUCCAAGCAGCACAGAGGAUGAGGAAGAAGAAGGGACAAAGAAAAAGGAGGAGUUGCAUGUGCUCGAUUUUGAAGUUGACGAAGACAGUGAUUUUUAUUGAAACUCUCCUCUCAAACCAGGCUAGUCUCAAAAAGAACAUCAAUUGAUUUUUUUUAUAGAAAAAAAAAUGCUUUUGUGACAUUGUAACCAUAUUCAAUACUCAUCAAAUUGUUUUAUGUCGUCGUGCUGAAAUGCAAAAUCAAUGGAAAAUCCAAAAGGAGGAAGUUGCUUUAGGAACAUAAUAGUUUAUUUUAUUUAUUAAUUUAUUCGGUUUGGCUGGAACAAAACAGUUUUAACCAUUUUUAAAAUCUUUUAAGGUCAAAAUUAUUAGCCACCUUAAGAUUUUUUUUUUUGGAUUGGCUACAGAACAAACCACAUAACUAAGUUGUGUGACUAGUCAGAUUGGUUAAUGCAACCAGCCACUGAUGUUUUCCAUUCCAUUACUGAAAGCAGCUGUUCAGUUAUGAAUCUUGAAUAAACAACUCGGGUAAGCCAACUUGUUUGUGUGAUUGUGAUGGUUUGGGCUUCAAUGUCAUGGGAUUUCCUAGUUCCAAUACUUGUGCUAGAUGGACAUGUCACUGCUAAGGACUACCAAACUGUUCUGGAGGACCAUGUGCACCCAGUGGUUCAAACAUUGUAUCCUGGAAGCGGUACCGUGUAUCUGGAUGAGAAUGCACCAAUACACGCUGCAAGACCGGUGACAGAGUGGUUUAAUGAACAUGAAAAUCAACUUAAACCUCUUCCAUGGCCUGCACAAGCACCAGAUCCAAAUAUUAUAGAGCCACUUUUGGAGCAGUAAUUCAGAAAAUGUUCUCAACAAAUGUAACAUAGUGACCUGAUCCCUAUUCAGCAGGAAGGGCUCCAAAUCCCUCUGCCCUUUUAUAAUUAUAGACCUUUUAUUUAAAAAAUGUGAAUAAUUCCAUCGUGUUGAGGAAUCUGUCUUUCUGUUGUGAAAUCUUUCAUGAUUUUUACAAGCUAAGCAUAACAAAUGAGAAUUUAAUAUAAGUGCCAUAUAAAUGUAAGCAACUGCAUAUUCUUAUUUAAUUGCAGUGUUUGCCUCUUCACACAAUGAGUUUAAUAGUCCAUUUAUCAUCUACAUGUCAUACACAUUGACUAUUCACAUAAAAAAUAAAAAAAAUAAAAACAUGGAAAUGUUUCCCCCAAGGUUUGUUUAAGAGAUCACACUUCAAAGAAACAUUUGCAAAUCCAAAGUGGCUAAAUGGUGUACUCAGCUUGAUCCAUAUAUUUACUACUGAUAUAAGAAGUUAUUUUAAGGCAUUCAGAGCAGUUAAGCGUGAUCCACAAUGAUCCACAACAAAAUAACAUGCAAGCAUAAAAUCCUCAGGACA